CAAGCCAGCCGAACAGGAGGAGAGACCAAGUAAAUUUCAAUUUCCAUUUCCGUAUGGCCUCGCUCGCUAUUUUCACUGCAUCCAAUGAGCGCUUGCGGCUGUCCGUACCCCGCCGACCGGUUCAUCUCCCCUCUGAAACGCCCACAAAAGGGUCCGGCGAUCAACCCGUCGCUGUCAUCGACAUUCUCCGCCCGCCCUAGUGUCUUUUUAUGCUUCCCCGUCAGAGGGCCCACUCAUUCUUAUCAGCAGCUGCAAUGGAGGCUUCCGUCUUACGCGAGCAGGGCGGAGCACGACGAGCAAGAGGAGCGCGCGGUCCACUACGAGGUUGAUGUAGUCUCUUGGCGAGAGCGCCGAAUUAGGGCUAAAGCUCUCGUCCACGCUGAUGUGGAUGCCGUGUGGAGAGUGCUCACUGAUUAUGAGCGGCUUGCCGAUUUCAUCCCAAAUCUUAUCUAUAGUGGAAGGAUUCCCUGCCCAGAUGUGGGCAGGAUAUGGCUGGAGCAGAGAGGCAUGCAAAGGGCUUUGUACUGGCAAAUUGAGGCUAGAGUGGUCUUGGAUCUUCAGGAAUUCAAUAACUUGGAUAAUGAAAGGGAGCUGCAAUUCACUAUGGUUGAUGGAGAUUUUAUUAAAUUUGAAGGGAAAUGGUCUGUUAAAACUGGUCCAAGGUCAUCUACAGCAAUUUUGACAUAUGAAGUCAGCGUGAUACCAAGAUUUAGCUUCCCGGCCAUAUUUCUUGAGAGAAUUAUCAGAUCUGAUCUUCCAGUGAACCUUCGGGCUGUGGCCUGCAGAGCUGAAAAAUGUAUUGAAGAUAGUCAAAUGACACCUUUGCCAGUAAAUACCAAAAAUUCAAGCCUUUCAUCUACCAUUCUCUCGCAAAUAAUGAAUUUUUCUAGUGACAUGAGUGAGACUGAUAGCCAGAACUUGGAAAAGUUAAAGGAAAGUCGUGCAGGUCAUGCCUUUGGUUCUGUUCCUCCUUCAAGUAACAACGAGUUUAGCAGAAAAUGUGGUUUGUUUGGAAAAUUCUGUAGACUAGAUAAGUUAUGUAUGGCGGAUGAAGUCCAUUUACGGAAAUUUAAUGGCCUAUUGGAAAAUGGUGGUUCUCAUCAUUGUGUAGUUGCUAGCAUCACUGUUAAGGCACCAGUUCAUGAUGUUUGGAAUGUUCUCACCGCCUAUGAGACACUGCCGGAGAUUGUUCCAAAUUUAGCUAUCAGUAAAAUUCUGCUGCGGGAUAAUAGCAAGGUUCGCAUUCUUCAGGAAGGUUGCAAAGGCCUCCUCUAUAUGGUUCUCCAUGCACGUGUUGUUCUGGACUUGCAUGAAAAGCACGAGGAGGAGAUCAGUUUCGAGCAAGUUGAAGGAGAUUUUGCUUCAUUCCAAGGAAAAUGGCAAUUGGAACAGCUUGGGGACCAGCACACUUUGCUCAAGUACAGCGUAGAGUCAAAAAUGUGCAAUGAUAAUUUUCUGCCAGAGGCCAUUGUGGAAGAGGUAGUAUAUAAAGAUCUUCCAUCAAACUUAUGUGCUAUACGUGAUUUUGUUGAAAAUAGAGUAAAUGCUAUGAGUGAUCCUCCAACUAAGGCAAUGGCCCCAGCUGAGGAUGAUGUGCAUAUGACUGAAGAUAUUCUAAAAGAGAAUAUUUCUAGCAUGAGCUCUAAUACAUUGAAGUACAGGCCUAGAGUUCCAGGCUUGCAAAAGGAUUUAGACAUCCUCAAAACUGAGAUUGCUAGAUUUGUAUCAGAACAUGGUCAAGAAGGUUUCAUGCCAAUGAGAAAACAACUGCGCUUGCACGGAAGAGUGGAUAUCGAGAAAGCAAUCACUCGAUUGGGUGGAUUUAGGAAGGUUGCUAGUUUGGUGAACCUUUCGCUUGCUUACAAACAUAGAAAACCAAAAGGUUACUGGGAUAGCCUUGAAAAUAUGCAAGAAGAGAUAAGUCGAUUCCAGAGAAAUUGGGGAAUGGAUCCUACCUACAUGCCAAGUCGAAAGACAUUUGAGCGUGCAGGGCGUUAUGACAUUGCCCGAGCACUGGAGAAAUGGGGCGGCUUGCAGGAAGUUUCCCGCCUUCUAUCUCUUGAGGUAAGGCAUUCCAGAAAAACGGGAGAUCGUGAUGGAGAGAAUCAACGGGAUUCUAAGGUUUGUGAGACCGAGGACCACAGAACGGUAUCACAUAAGCCAAUUAUUUCGCAAGAUACGCAGAAAUGGCUCACAAAACUUAAAAAUUUAGACAUAAAUUGGGUGGAGUAGAAACUAUACUACUAUCUCAUUCUCCUCUUCUUCGGCCUUUUCGGUCUUAGUUAUAAUAUUUUUGGAUUACGUUUGGCCUGAUUGUCUCAAAGCGAGCAUUUAAUCUUUUCGACUAAAAUUUUCUACCCCCGGGCUUUUCACGUAUUCUAUCAUUCCGAUGUAAUUUUCUGUAGAAAAAAAUGGAAAAAAUCCCUCAUUUUUCUUGUUUUGUGUCACAUGUUGACCGGAUAUUCUUAAGUUAAUGCAACUCGAUUUUACCUAU